CUUGCAAACCACCUGAAUUCUCUUCUCCUGACAACAUGUGUUGCAACUACGGGAACUCCUGUGGCUAUGGCUGCGGAUGCGGCUAUGGCUAUGGAUGUGGCCCCUAUUCUGGCUGUGGUUAUAGAACUGGCUAUGGCUGUGGCUAUGGCUGUGGCUAUGGCUCAGGUUAUGGCUGUGGCUGUGUCUAUGGCUCAGGCUAUGGCUGUGGCUGUGGCUAUGGCUCAGGAUGGGGCUGUGGAAGAGGCUCCAGCUAUGGAUGUGGAUAUGGCUCUGGCUGCUGGGGCUACCGGCCCCUUUGCUAUAGAAGAUGUUAUUCUUCUUGCUGCUAGAUCACCACUCUCCAAGCACCAUUAUCUUCUGAAAUGACAUCUAAAGAGACAAUUGAUUUAAGGAUCCAUACCCCAAGAUUUCUACGUUCAGAAAACUGCAUACUUGACAUAGCCUUUGUCAUCCAAUGAAGAUUUGUUAAGAUGGCAUAUUGUGGCUCUGGGCCGUGUGGCAUCAUCUGACUAUUUUCCAAAUGUUGGUCAUUGUUCCCUUAAUCUAGAUGCUGUGUUGUGACUGUGCCAGUGAUCCUAACAUCCCACAGUUGGGCAAAAGCUUAUUCUCAAUAAAAAUGCUUCUUUUCUUUUGA